GAAGAUUGUGACUGGAUAACUUCUUUUUCUUUAUCUCUGCAAGAUCAGAGGCUUUCACUGGUAUAAGACCUGCCUUUGACCGUUCACUCAAGUGAGAGGGAUCUAGCUGCUCAACAAGCUCAGCACAACAAUCCCCUAGCCCAAGUGUCCAUGAACUCCGCAGAGAUUCAUCAAAGUUUCCCAAACAUCAUCACUAGGCUCAAAUGGUAUCUCUUCAAUGAAUUCCAAAGCUUUGAAGGGAUGGGUAUUAAAAAGGAUUGGCUGAGUUUGGGUUUUGGUGUGGACUUGGGGGAUGGCGAGAAGGUUAAGUUCUGGACUGAUGUGUGGGUAGAAGGGUAUGCUCUAUCUAACAAAUUCUCUCGUUUAUUCCUGCUAGCUACAGAUCAAAAUUGCAGCGUCAAAGACAUGGGAUCCUGGUCGAAGGAUUGCUGGCAAUGGAAAUUCUCCUGGAAACGCCCACUUCGUUCAUGGGAGGAGGACGUUGAAAGAGAGUUGGUUAAGAUGCUGAAAUUAAGAGCUCCAUCACAGAACAAGGAAGAUCGAUGGCAAUGGCACCUGGAAACUUUAGGGACUUACACAACAAAAUCAGCUUACUCAUGGAUCCUUAAGGGAGAACCAAAGCCAGCAACUGACUUCAUAAGGGUGUGGAAAGCCUCCAUUCCACCUAAAGUAAGUGCAUUUUGCUGGCAACUGCUUCACAAGAAACUCCCUACAAAAGAUAACCUUUCAAUCCGAGGAAUUUGCAAUGCAAACUCUAAUUUAAAUUGCUGCUGGUGUGAUUCAUCAAUUGAGACGCCCAAUCAUAUUUUUGCUCAAUGCAAUGUGGCUUUUAGAUUAUGGAUGAAAUGCUACAAGUGGUGGGGCGUGCAAUAUGUACUGGAUAAUUCAUGUUCAAUGCUUUUUGAGCAACAUAAAUGGCUUGGAGGUCCGAAACUACUUGAUAGGGGAUGGAACAUUAUCUGGUUCGCAGUAUUAUGGACACUGUGGCUGGGUAGGAACGAAAAGAUUUUCCAGAUGAAGGAGACAAAGCUCGACAGAUUCUUUGAGCUAGUUCAGAUUCGAUCUUUCUUCUGGGUAACGAACAUUCAAGGUAUGGAAGGGUUCUCUUUAUCUGAUUGGUGUGAGAAUCCAACCAAAUGUCUUAAGAAUAACCCCGUCCGAAAAGAUAGUGCUUGAACUGGUCUUUUUGUUUUAACUUGUCUUCUUGGAAAGUUGGUUUUAUUUUCUUUUUUGGGUGUUCUACCCUCGCUGCUUUAGUGUUGCUGGUUUUUUAAGCAACAAGUUGGUUUUUGUAUACGACGGGUUUGAGUACUCCUUGUACUCAUUGAAUAAAUAUAUUAAUAUUCU